AUGUCUGAAUUCGCUCAGAGGAAGGAGAUUGAAGCAUUCUUCAACUUUUUCGCCACAUUUGAUCUCUCUCGCCCUGUGACCUCAGUCGCCGACCUCACAGACGGCGCCGCUCUAUUCGAUGUCCUCUCCGUUGUCGAUGCAAGCUACUUCCGACAGCCCACCCGCCCCUCCGCGCAACCGUCAGAGAACUGGGUUCUGCGCUUCAGCGCCCUCAAACGCCUCUACCGCCUCAUGACGCAGUAUUUCGCCGACGUACUGCAGAAGCCUACGAGCAGCCUCGAUGUUCCCGAUCUACAAGCCAUCGCGAAAGACCACAGUCUCUCCGCGACUCUCACUAUGUGCCGCCUCGCGAUCGUCAUCGGAGUCCAGUGCGAGAAGAACAAAGAGUUUAUUGAUAAGAUUCAGGGACUGAGCGAGACGGACCAACAUAACCUUAUGAAGGCUAUCGAACAGGUCAUGGCAAAGAUUGCCCUCGCGCCAGGGGCUCAAGACGCCAGUGAGGCCAGUAUGACUGAAGAUGACCAUUACUACCGAAUUCAAUCCGAGAGGAGUCAAAUAUUCACGGAGAAAGAGACUCUCGAAAAGGUGUACACAGCACUCCUCGAAGAGCAUCGUUCACUUCAAACAGCACACGAUGACCUCCAGUCGGAGAAAGAGGAGGCGCAGGCGCAAUUACGCCAGCUCCGACGCGACCUCGACGGGAGGCGGAAUGAAAAGGCGGACGUCAUGAUUCGAGCUGAGAUGGACCGACUUCGGACCGAGCUACAGAAGAGCGAGGAUAAUCUUGCGAUGACCGAGUCCGAGCUUGACAAGCAGACGUCUAUCAUUACAGACUUGACGCGUAAAGUCGACGAACUGCAGGUGAAGGCAGAUGAGGCAGAGAAGCUGAAAGACCAGGUCGACGAAUAUCGUCAUGCCGCUGAUAGACUGCAGAAGACGGAGAACGUCAUGGAAAAAUAUAAGAAGAAACUGCAGGAAGGUGCGGACCUGCGGCAGCAUGUCAAGGCCCUGGAGAAGCAAAAUGCAGACUUGGUCGAUAAAAAUGCUUCUUUGGAAGAAGAGUACCGCAAAGUCGCCGCCUUCAGGCCUCUCAUGGAAUCUUACAAGAACCAAAUUCUGGAUCUUGAGUCUAAACAUUCAGCUAAAAGUCAGGAAAUUGACACCUUGAACUUUGAGGUCGAGCAAACGCGGACCAAGCUCAGGAUCACACUCGCUGAACGGGCGAAGGAUGCGGAAGCGCUUGAAUUGUACCAAGAACGCGUACGCGAACUCGAACUGACAUCAACGACACGUUCAAGAGGCAGCGCUGGUGGAGGCCUCAAGUCGCCUGGAGUAGAUGGAAGCCAGACGACAGCGCUCUCAUCGGAGCUCAGCGAGGAGCCGAACGGCGGUGAUGACGACCACCGCGGGCAGGGACUCGGGGGCGAGCUGGACGACGCCAUCACAGGCACGACAAUGACUGAUCUGAAGCUCCAGAUCAGGAAGCUCCAACGCGAGCUCGAGGCGGUGAAGAGGAAUGAGGCGGACGCCAGUAGGGUGCUGGUGCUCGAGAACCUCCUUGAAGACGCGAACAAGAUGAAGGCGCGCUACGAGAGUGACUACCUUGCAGCACACCGCGAGAAGCUCGUCCUACAGCGCGAUUUGGAGGAAAUCAGGAGCGGCAAGUCAUUAGGUGAUGGGGCUGAAGCUGCGAUCGCUCUUCGACAGCGACUGAACGAGACCGUCGAGCAACACGAGGCGCUUCGGAAAGAGCACGCAGAACUCGAGGUAAAAUUCGAAACCAUCAACCGCGAGCUUACUAUAGCCAAAUCAGACCUCACUCUCGUCAACAAAGACCAGCUUGACAUCCUUGCAAGCCUCAGAGAAUCUGUCAACGAGGACAAACUUGGCCUUGAAGCAGAUAUUGAGCGUUUCAAGAAGCAAAACAAGGAGUUGUUGGAGAAGAACCGUAUGCAGUUGGAACAGGUCAACGCUCUGCUGCUGGAGAAGGUCAACCUACAAAGCGAAGGUAUUGGACACAGAGAGAAACUUCUACAACGAGAGCGUGACUUUGGCGACCUUCGGGCUGCAAUGGCUGGCAAGGAUCUGCCAGAGGACAUCAAACAAAAGCUUCUCAGCAUGCACGAAGACAAUCUCAAUCUUAAGGAGUCUUACAAGACUGCGCAAGAGAAGCUGGCAAAGGCGAAGCAGUUUAUCAAAUCCCAAGACAAGCUCUUCAAGGAACAAUUCGCGUCUAAUAUCACAACUGCAUCACAAGGGACGUUUGAAGAAGCGGAAGCAAGCUUCCGUUCUCAAAUCAAAGUGCUGGAGGAGGAUGUUGCUCGUCAGAAGCGGCUUAUGCAAGAAUCAACGAGGCGAUAUGGCCGCGAACAGGAGUUGAUGUUGAGUGCUCUGCAUACAAUCGGUAUGAAAACUGCGCGGCAGCACUUGCGCAACCCGCCGCGUAUAGAAAAGACUUCCUUUUUGAGCAUGGAACGAAAUAGAAAUCCAUAUGCUGUUCAGAGCAGCAUCGGGGGGCGUGGUUAUUAA